CAUGGCGGCUGAUGUGCAACAAUCAACAGCAAACCUUCGUCUAAUUGGUUUGGACCAUAAAAAGCACGAAGGCCGCCUUCUACGAAGACCAAGAGCUCCAAAGUCCAAGGAAAUAACUGAAAAUAAUUUAAAAGCCCUCGAUCCACUACCUGAUAUACAAUCGAAUAGACAACUUUACCAUAUAGGAGAGGAAUCUCCAGUUGCGUCGCAUUUAGGAGAAACAAACACUAGUAUUGUUAUAUCACCUCCUCCACCAUCGACCGACUUGUAUCCAUGUAAUGCUGUACAAGUGCAUUCAUCUUCUGCAAAUGCUUCGUCUUCAAAACCAAAGAGUAGGCAAAAAGCCCUAAAUAGAUUUUAUCUCGAUUCUUCUCAUAGAGAACGAACUAAUUUAGGCACAUACGUUGAGGGAAAAGGGGAAGCAUCGCUAGUUAAACCAUGGAAACCAAAAGGUCCAGAUGGUUUAUAUACAGUAUUAAAACCGAGAAGGAAACCUCCGCCAUUUCAAACAAUUCCAAUGGAAGAUGAAGAGAGAUAUUUUAGACCGCCAGAUUUUACUCUGGAAGAUUUUAUGCGCAGCUUGUCAGAUAGAUGCAAAUAUCCUAUUGAAAAAGUUGAAAAUAUCGUUUAUUCAAAGCAAAAUUACAAACGAAUGAUUCAAAUUGUUCAAAAGAUCUUACAACUAAAUAAAAAUCAAGAAAUGAUUAAUAAUUUUACAAUGACUGGAGAGGAAAGUGGACUACCAGUUAGGGAGAGACGAAAGCCUAAUAAACAAUUUUUAUUAGAAAUUGCUCAAAUGGUUAAAGAUGAAAUGGUUGCGAAUGGCCUUAUGGAAAGUGAUGCUAAAACAACGAUAAGAACCGUUAAGAAAUUCGAGUUUGUUCCCAAAGUACCAGGCGGAAUGACUGCACACAGCGAGAUUAUAGUCUAUGAAGAUGAUACAAAGAUUCGUAGAGUUAAAGACAUUGAAAGUAGAAGAGCAACAGAAGUGCCGACAAAAGAAGGUAUUUUUAAAACGAAUGUUUCAAGAACAUUUAUGGGGAGCGGUCGUUGUUCAUCACCAUUCGAAAUGACUGGAGGUGAUGCAGCUAUAACACCUGAAGAAUUGGCUGUUCUAGACGCACUGUUUUGCGGUGGCAGAGCUUUGAGUCUAAAAGCGUGUUUUAUAUCCUCCUUACCAGACAUUGAACCUCUCUAUUCAACCUUGACAUACUUAAAUUUAAGUUUUAAUACCUUCAUAGAAAUUCCUAAAGAAAUAUUUGAUUUAAGCCUGUUAACCACUUUAAAAUUAAGAGAUAACCCAAUUAGGAGUAUACAUCAUGAGAUAGGACGUCUAAACAACUUAAGAGUAUUUGUUGCAUCUUUCUGUCUAAUAUCUUCAUUACCAGUUUCCUUAUUCAUAUUAGAAAGUCUUCAACAUCUAGAUGUUUCUUAUAAUAAACUGUCUUUCAUUCCGAAUGAAAUUAAAUAUCUCGUAAAUCUUAGAGAAUUAAACGUUGAAGGCAAUCAAUUGCCGGCUAUGCCUAGCGGAGCUUUAAACCUAACGAAGUUAAUUAAAUUAAAUGUUCGUAAUAAUCUAAUGCAUCCGCUCUUCUGGAAGGAACAUUCUAAAAAUACACCCCAAAGAUUGCUAGAAUUAGCGGCAACGGCAAUUGAUAGAUGGUCGUUAUACUCAAGAUAUAAUUUGACAGAGGAAAUUAUUGAUAUUUUGGAGAGUCGACAACCUUGCGAAUGUUGUAGUCAAGCUAUGUAUGGACCUGGUUUUCGAAUUAUAAUACCAGUUAUUAAGCUAUUUGGUGUUAAAAAUUUGCCAUUCCUAUUUAGAAGUUGCUCACCCAUAUGCCGAGAUAUGUUUAGAUCUGAUCCGACGUCUUUCGUCAACGUAAUCUAUAAAUUAGCCAGUGAGGGAGAAGAAGAAGAAGAAGAAGAAUAA